GAUGUCAUGUUUUUCGAAUACGCAGCCUGCAACAUCCGGGUCCUGCCACUGACUCGUUGCUUCCUUGAAGCUAACGUUAGCUAGCAAGCUGUCAAACCUGUCAAGUGGAGAGGCAGGGAUAGACGAUCCAGCCUCCCCUGGCUUAGCCGCGCAAACCUUCGCUCUCCCUAUUCCCUUACAUACGACAAAUUGAAUAAUUCGUUUCCUCGCCACGUGAGAUAAUGUGAUGCGUUGCAGGCGCGCGCAAAAGGGGACCGCCGCAUUUCCACUGUUUAUACACUGAAUCUUGAGUGACGACUUCUUAUUGCUAGCGAAUAGGCUAGCUAGCUAAGGUAAACUACCGCAAAACCCUAUUUUUUGCGUUGUACAUUUUGUGCCGGGAAGUACAAACGCCUGGAUCUUAUUCUUGUCGCAUUUUUUUUUUUCACUUCUAGCGGCUGUUUUGAUAUUCGGCUUUUAGGGGGACACAAUGGGUGCAUUUCUGGACAAGCCAAAGAUGGAAAAACAUAAUUCCCAUGGGGAGGGAAACGACCUGAAGUUUGGGCUGAGCAGCAUGCAGGGAUGGCGGGUUCAGAUGGAGGAUUGCCACACAGCAGUAAUUGGUUUGCCUCAAGGUCUUGACCUCUGGUCAUUUUUUGCUGUAUAUGAUGGGCAUGCUGGUUCUCUGGUGGCCAAUUACUGCUGUGAGCACCUGCUAGAGCACAUCACUAGUAGUCCAGAUUUCAAGAGUGCUCUGCAGGAGGAAGAAUCUGUGGAUAAAGUUAAGGAUGGCAUCCGCUCUGGAUUCUUGCUAUUUGACGAACACAUGCGAAACUUGUCUGAAAAGAAGCAUAGUAGCGACCGCAGUGGCUCCACUGCUGUAGGGGUGAUGAUUUCUCCAAGCCAUUUCUACUUUAUCAACUGUGGGGACUCGCGUGGAAUCCUUAGCAGGGACAGACAUGUGAAAUUCUUCACACAGGAUCACAAACCAACCAACCCACUAGAGAAGGAAAGGAUCCAGAAUGCCGGUGGCUCAGUCAUGAUCCAGCGAGUUAAUGGGUCUCUAGCUGUAUCAAGAGCUCUGGGUGAUUUCGACUAUAAGUGUGUGGAUGGCAAAGGCCCCACAGAGCAGCUUGUCUCUCCAGAGCCUGAAGUUUAUGCAAUAGGCAGACGUGAGGAAGAUGAAUUCAUUAUACUAGCUUGUGAUGGCAUCUGGGAUGUUAUGGGGAACGAGGAAGUGUGUAGCUUUGUGAGAUCAAGAUUACAGGUCACAGAUGAUCUUGAAAAAGUCUGCAAUGAAAUUGUUGACACCUGCUUGUACAAGGGCAGUCGAGAUAAUAUGAGUGUUGUGUUAAUCUGCUUUCCCGGGGCCCCAAAGGUAUCUCCAGAAGCAGUGGAACGAGAGAUGGAACUGGACAAGUUCUUGGAGGCUAGAGUUGAAGAUAUCAUCAAAGCCGAGUGUCAAAAAGGCGCUCCUGAUUUGGUCAAUGUUAUGCGAAUGUUAACCUCUGAGAGCAUACCAAACCUCCCUCCAGGUGGAGAGCUGGCAAGCAAACGAAGUGUUAUUGAAGCGGUGUUCAACAGACUUAACCCAUCAAAAAAUGAUGAAACAGACUCUGCGUUCACAGAUGACAUGUGGUAACACACCUUCAACUACUAACACUGCAUAAAGUUUACAAACCACCACCCUCUCAAGACCCACAGCAGCUCAGCUCAGCAGUCUGUCUCUCCGUCACUCUGAGCUUUUGGUUCCUAAGAAGGGAAUAUCAUGGGAAGAGGAGGAAUUGCAUGCACACAAACCUGGAAUAGUGCAGCACCUGCAGUCCACUUGGAGUUUAGGAUCCCCACCGUGUCGUCUCUGUUUUAUGUUCACUCUCCCUAAUAUUCUCCUCUAAAGUAAUCCACAACAAGUGAGUCUACAAGUUUUUCUUUUUGAUUAGGAAUCCGCUUAAAGGGUAAAAGGGUUUGCUGUAAUUAUUUUUGAUUCACAUUUCCUUGUGUGUGUCUGUAUAUUUCUGUUUUUGUGAAGUGCAAUUGUCCUGUACAAACAGCCUGUAUUUAAUGCAGCUUGAUUUUAAGUUAAAAAUGAAAGAAAUGACUAAAAAAAGAGAACUUCUUAUGCACUAUUUGCCUUUUCCUGCUCUCCUGUAACUCUAACAAAUAUCUAUCCAGUGAAGAUUACUGCUUGUCCUCCAGCCACAAUGACCUUGUGCUUCAGUUAUUUUUUCCCGCACUUAGUUUUUGUUCUUUUCACAAAACGGGUAAAUUGUAUAGUUGACAGCACAGUAAGCUCUCUAUAUCAAACCAGUUGAAUCCUAUAUAUUUUUUCCCUUGUGCUUUGUCUUUUGUUUUUGGCUUACAUUUUAUUUUUGUUGUUGUUUUUUUUUUGUACAUGCUCUAAUAAUAACAGUAAAAAUGUCAAUUUAACAGUAUGAAGUGGAAAGAUCUUUUUUUCCCAUUUUAUAUGAAAUAAUUGUCAUGUCUAUGUGAAAAGACUAAUAUUAGGGCGUGUAUGUCUGCGCAUGUGUGUUCAGUGGAAGGGACUCUAAAGUCCAACUUGUGAAGGUGGAUCUUCAGGCGACAAACAGGUGGAGAAUUGCCAUCACUAUGCUCCCAUACUUACCAGUGGUUGCUUCUUUUUUUUCUUUUUUGUAACUAGUGUUUUAGUUUUACCUUAAAAUUCUUUUUUUUUACUAAGUCUAAAUGGCUAAAGAAAUAUACAAAUACUUUUAUAUUUUUUAAAUUAAGUGGAUUUGACUUUGAAUUGAAUUAAAAAGUUGAUAAAGUACUAGCCAGGCAAGUUGUCAUAUUUAUGAAUUCCAUAAUGUAAAACAAAACCACUUUAGGUGCCAUGAAUUUUUUUGAUCACCUUUUCAGCUUUAUUACAGCCUAUGCCAUUUUUUUCCACACAAUUCAGUUUUGUAUGUGAUGUAGGUAAGUUAUAAAACAUUUAGAAAACCUUAGCAAUUCAGAGAACGAGAACUCCAACGCUUAGUUUAUGUUGUGGACAAAUCGAGAACAAAUAUUCAAACUUUGAGAAACUUCUGGUGGUUUUAAGCACCUUCCUAAUCCAUUGUUUGCUUUACGUAAAAACUGUUUUCUAACCUCACUUUACAUCUGUGCUUGCUGCUAAAGUAUAUUAUGUGUGGGUUAACUUUUAUUACAUUUCCCUUCCAAGAAAAAAAAGUGAAAAAAAAAAUGGUCACUAAUGAAUUUUUCCUUACACAGUAGAUGUAUUUCUUGAUGAGAAACUAUAUUUUAAAUUUAUUUACCAUCUUUUUUUGCAUUACUAUGAAAGUUUAUGUAUGUAUGUAUUUCUGGCCUAAUUUCCAGAGGAAUAAAUUGUUUAACUUGAGUUAGGUUUUUACUAUUUUAGUUUAUUUUAUUUUUUGUGACAAUAGUUUUCCUCCCGUAACCUGUUAGUGUUUUCAUAUAUGUGAGAAUGAUACAAAAUUAAUUGAAAAGACAAUCCUAACAAGUCACUGCAUUUAGUUUUGUGGUGGGUAUCCUUUCAAUUCCUUUAUAAAUCUUUAAUUCAACCUGAAAUAGCUGCUUUCUAAAAUGCUUUUGUGGCAAACAUGCCAAAGACCCUUGUAUUUUAGCAAAGUUAAAAAAAAAACUUUGCUCUUACCCUGGUAAAAGUUUAGUUAGAAAAAAAUGAAACUAACUUUAUCUCUGAAUAUUAAACGUGUUUUCUUUGACAUUAAAAAGUUUUGGUUAUUCGUGCUGGUGUGAAGAAUCAAAUAGAUUCCACCUGCACUCAAAGAGCACAGGAUGAAUCUGCAGAACAAAUGUGUGUGAAGAAAUGCCAGUGUGAUGAUCAGCAAGUGACGUUGGAUAAUUUAGCAGAGAAUUGCUAAAGUACUUUAAAAAGAGUCCUGAAUCGUGUCUUAACUGCUAAAUUUAAAACAAAUGCUGCAUGUUUUGGGGGAAAUCAUAUAUAAUCCUGAAACAAGUGAUAUUUGCUAUAGCAAAAUAUAAUUGAAAAUUACUCCAAAUACGUUUUAACAUCUAUGAAAACAGAUAUUGCAGAUUUGUCCCAAUGCAAAAAUGUACAAAUAAUAUUGGGAGUGAGCUAUUUUAGGUUUUUAAUUUUCCUAUGUGUGUAUUUGCAUAAAAAGAAAAUUUAAAUUCCUUAUAUUAAAGUAGGUUAGAAUCAAAUUUCCCCUUUUGAAGCUUCUAGAAUAAGCCCUAUUGGUCUCUAAAGUUUCUUUUUAGAUGCACUGAACGUUCUUAUCCAGCACUUAUUUUGCAAACCUUAACGGUAUUAUUUUUGUAAAAAACAAAUUAAUUUAGUUUACAGAUUUUCUUCAAGAUAAAUAAGCAGGAAACACCUUGUUACAUUAUUUAACUCUCAAAAUAAGUGUUUGUUUCAAAAAUGUUUGGCUCGGAACGGCUAAAUUCUAAAACCAGAGGGAAAAAAAAGAGUUUCAAUAUUUAGCUUCACAUCGUGAAAAUGUUCUAUAAUUGGAUUAGGUUACUUUUAAAUUAGUAUUUAUAUGGGACUGUUUUGGAAAUUGCUAAAAUCUCAUCCUUUCAGAUAAAACUUGAUGAACUCAUUAGUUUAAAGAGUAUUUGAGAACAGAUAUACCUCAAACUCUGUAGGAUGUAUUUUCUUAACCUAAUGUUCUUAAUUUAUCCCUUAAGUUAAAAAAAAA